CCGCCCCCAUCGCUACCAUAUUCCGCGAUGCAUUUCCGCGUCUACCCGGGAAUCUCUCGAUGCUGGAUCGUUUGAAGGAUCUCGUUCGCGCUUCUGCCAGGUGCCUGGGAAAACCUCUGGCCAAAGGUUUGCUUGCAAAUUGCCUCUGGUUGCGAAGCACUGCAAGUGUGCAGCCUCCAGAAACAAUGCAGCGGGGAAAAGCCUUUGAUCCAAAUCCCCCUCAGAGGAACCGGGAGAGACUCUCCACGUGCUCUGAGUGCGGGAAACCCUUUGCAUACCGCUCCCUCCUUUUGAUCCACCGGAAGCUGCACACGGGGAACGGAUCCCAUCUGUGUUCGGCAUGUGGGAAAUCCUUUCCUGAAGCGUGGGCCUUUGCCCAGCAUCUCAGGAGCCAUCCUGGACUGAGGCCUUACAAAUGCGGAGAGUGCGGGAAGCGUUUUGCUAAAGGCGCGGAUCUUGGAGCCCAUCAGCGGAUCCACCGGGGAAAGAGACCUCGGGAAUGCAAGAACGGGCGGAAAAGACUGGGCUUGUCUCAGAGGUCAGAGCUGCUUCAACAUCAGGAAAUCCACCCAGGAGAGAAAUCUUACAAGUUCAGGCCAGGCGGGACGGGCCUCCCUCAGAAGUCACAGCUUUGGCUCCAUGGGAAGGAUCACCCAGAAAUAAAGUCUUACCGAUGCUUUGCGUGUCAAAAAACCUUCCCUGAAAGUUCCUCUCUUCGGAAACAUGAGAGUCAGCACACUGCUCCGGGAAGGGGAGAGUGUCCAGAAUGUGGGAAGUUUUUCACUUGGAAAUUAAGCCUGGUGCGACAUCGGAGAAUUCACUCCGGGGAGAGACCCUACAAAUGCCCAGAAUGUGAGACGCGAUUUACGUAUUCUCAUGAUCUUGUAAAACACAAAAGGACGCACAAAGGAGAGGAAUGUGAGGAGGGUGGGAAACGGUGUCUCUCACGGACACAGAUUGGGAUUCAUCAGAGCAGCCACACAGGAGAGAAACCCUACAAAUGUGGGGAGUGUGGAAACUCCUUUGUUCAAAAGGGAGGCCUCUUUGAACAUCAGAAGAUCCACUUAGGGGAGAAGCCCUUUCGGUGCAUCGAGUGUGGAAGGUUUUUCCUUACAAGAGGAGGCCUCAAACGCCACGGGCAGGUUCACAAAGGGGCAAAAGAUUACAAAUGCUUAGACUGUGGGGCAGCGUUUGCUUAUUUGUCCACCCUUAGAAGUCACAGCCGCAUAAAGCAUGUAGGAAUGACGUCCCUUAAGGGCGAUAGAACAAAUGCAGAAGUGAUGUCCUUUACAUGCUCGGACUGCGGUAAAUGCUUUUACAGGAAAACGCAUCUUUUGAAGCAUCAGUUCACUCAUACCGGAGAAAAACCUCAUCGGUGCCUGGACUGCAGGAAAUAUUUCGCUCAGAAAGAAUAUCUUAAAAGGCACGAGAGAGUCCACACCAGGGAGAAACCUUACAACUGUGGGGAAUGUGGCAAGGCCUUUGCCCGCAGCCACGAUCUUCGGGCCCACGAGCAGAUUCACACAGGGAUAAAGCCUUAUAAAUGCUCAGCGUGUGGAAUGAGUUUCACUCAUACGUCAUCUCUUCGGAGUCAUAAGAAAACACACGGCAGUCGGAAAAAAUGAACAGAAUGUGGGAAACAGGAGGAGUCCGUGCCCAUCAGGGAAUCCACACAGGGGAGAAGCCAUAUAAGUGUCGGGAGUGUGGAAAAUGUUUUGCUCAGAAAGUAGCACUUUGGAAACAUCCAAAGGUUCACUCAGGAGAGAAACCCUAUAAGUCAGGGGUGUCAAACUCAAUUUCAUUGAGGGCCGCAUCAGCAUUGCGGUUGCCCUCAGGGGGCGGGGGUGUGUGGCCAGAGUGG